CAGCGGCAGCUGUGGUUGCAACUCGCGCCCUCCUUGGCUCUGCUGUCCCAAAUACCAGGUGUUUUAUAUAUAAGGGAGGAAGAUCCCUUUGCCCUUUCCCUGGACCAACCAGAGCGGCCCGCUGCAGGCUUUGCAACCAUGCCAGGCAGUUUUCUGCCCCUCCAGCCGCAGAGGCUGCUUGGCAGUCUAGGGAGGCUGUGGAGGGAGUGGGGCGGUUGCCCCAUCGCUGUCCACGCGGGUGGGAGGCAAGGGGACUGGGCCAGGCUCCCCUUGGGCAAAACUGCCAGCCGGUGGGUGUUUGCACAGGGCAUCCGGAGCUGGGCUAUAGCUGCCCCCUUGGCUAUGGCUGCUAAGGUGGAUUUGACCACGUCCACUGAUUGGAAGGAGGCUAAAUCAUUUCUGAAAGGGCUGAACAACAAACAGCGCCGUCCUCAUUACUUCACCAAAGAUUUCGUCAAACUGAAGCAGAUCCCAACGUGGAAAGAAAUGGCCAAAAGCGCUCGGAUCCAGCAGCCCGAAGAAACCAUUUACCCCAAAGAUAAUAAUCUGAACGGGAAAAUCUCCUUAGUCCGAGGAGACAUUACAAAGUUGGAGGUCGAUGCGAUCGUCAAUGCUGGAGAGAUGGAUGGAUUGAGUGCCUGUGUUGCUUUGGCAUUACGAAUCGCCGGCCACGGUUAUCAGCCCGCCGAGCGCGGGAGGCAAAAGCCCCAGGCGGCUAUUACCGUGGCAAAUUGUCAACGCAGAUCGACGCAUGUGUCACUCCAGCGGUCCAAUUGCUGCUGCCAGCGGAAUCGUCGGAGGAGCUGGAACACAAUCCGAGCUGCUGCUUAG